UCCUGCCCCAUCCCGGGUCUUUCCAGGUCUCCUCUCCCGGUGAACCGGAUGCGCCGUCAGUUUUCUCCUCAGCGUCCUCCGCUGGUUCCCCGCACCCCGGCGAGGUCGUAGGCAUCCACGGGGGCACGGGCAGGGGGCUCCCGGAGGCUGGCCUGGCAGGUAGAGCGCCGGUAGGAGCUGGGCGCGCACGGUUACCGCGCGUGGAGGAGACACAGCCCCGCGGCGAUGGGUGCCAGGGGCGCUCCUUCACGCCGGAGGCAGGCGGGGCGGCGGCCGCGGUAUCUCCCCACCGGGAGCUUUCCCUUCCUCCUCCUGCUGCUGCUCCUGUGCAUCCAGCUCGGCGGAGGACAGAAGAAAAAGGAGAAUCUUUUAGCCGAGAAAGUAGAACAGCUGAUGGAAUGGAGUUCCAGGCGCUCAGUCUUCCGAAUGAAUGGUGACAAAUUCCGAAAAUUUAUAAAGGCACCACCUCGAAACUAUUCAAUGAUUGUUAUGUUCACUGCUCUUCAACCCCAGCGCCAGUGUUCUGUGUGCAGACUAGCUAAUGAAGAAUAUCAAAUACUGGCUAACUCCUGGCGCUAUUCAUCUGCCUUUUGUAACAAACUCUUCUUCAGUAAAGUGGACUAUGAUGAGGGAACAGACAUUUUUCAACAGCUCAACAUUAACUCCGCUCCUACGUUCAUGCAUUUUCCUCCAAAAGGCAGACCCAAGAGAGCUGAUACUUUUGACCUUCAAAGAAUUGGAUUUGCAGCUGAACAACUAGCAAAGUGGAUUGCUGACAGAACGGAUGUUCAUAUUCGUGUCUUCAGGCCACCCAACUACUCUGGCACCAUUGCUUUGGCCUUGUUGGUGUCACUUGUGGGCGGUUUGCUCUAUUUAAGAAGGAACAACUUGGAGUUCAUCUAUAACAAGACUGGUUGGGCCAUGGUGUCUCUGUGUAUAGUCUUUGCUAUGACUUCUGGCCAGAUGUGGAAUCACAUCCGUGGACCACCAUAUGCUCAUAAAAACCCACACAAUGGACAAGUGAGCUACAUUCAUGGGAGCAGCCAGGUCCAAUUCGUGGCAGAGUCACACAUUAUUCUGGUACUAAAUGCAGCUAUCACCAUGGGGAUGGUUCUUCUAAAUGAAGCGGCAACAUCCAAGGGAGAUGUUGGAAAAAGACGGAUUAUUUGUCUCGUGGGAUUAGGACUGGUGGUCUUUUUCUUCAGCUUUUUACUUUCAAUAUUUCGUUCCAAGUACCACGGCUACCCUUACAGUGAUCUGGACUUUGAGUGAGAAGAUGAGAUUUGGACCAUGGCACUUUAAAACUGUAACCUCAGCUUUUUGAUUAAGUGAAGCCGAGUGGGAUUUGCAUAAAGUGACUGUUGACCAUGAAGACAGUGUCCCAGACAUACUAGUUCCAAUUCUCGAGUCCAUUUCCUUGCUGAUUGUGAUAAUCCAGCUGUUUCUUGUACAGUUUUUUUUUUUAAUGUGAGUUUUCCUAGUAAACUUAAUUUAUAGAGAUGGAUGGUUAAAUUUAACAUGGAAAGAACAAGGCAACAGUGAAGAGUUUUUCCAGCAAAUUAUAGUCUGUGUAUGCUAUAGAUCGAAAUAAACAACAAUGUAAUUAUGAAUUCAUGCUUUUAAGCUGUUCACUCAUUAGUAAAGAAAACUAUAAUGUUAGUAAAGGAGAAACUAUGAAAUGUAUCCUCAACAGUUCUUGGGAUUGUACAGAUAGGUGUAUGCAUGAAAAUAUGUCAUGUACUGAAAACUUAUACUUUCCUCAGUCUCAGUAUAAAGGAUGUGUAUGGUUACAAAUA